CACACCUCUUUCUCUCUCUUUUUUAGCCACCACCCACUUUCUCUCUUUACCCACUUCGCCUCUGUAUACUGGCUCUCCCAACCAUGGAAGCUUUCAGCCUUCUCAAGUACUGGCGAGGUGGCGGCCUGGUUGCUUCUUCUACUACUCCUCUUAACGCCCCCAAUGUCACCUCCGCCGCGGCCACCAUCCUGACCGCCGUGGCCGAGAACUGCGACGACAGCCACGAUACGGACGACGACGGACCCUUCUUCGACUUGGAAUUCUCCGUCCCUGAUGAGGAAGAUGAAGCCGCCCACGAAGCCUCCGACAGCACCACCAGCGGCGACGACGACAGUGAUGACGUGGAAGUGCAGCAACACGGGGAAGACGACGAGUCUGAUGAUGAUGAUGACGUGGACGGCGAGGAGGAAGGGGAGUUUAACUUCACCGUGUCUUCCGGGUCGAGCAAUGACCGCACCGAUCCGAAUCUCUCCAUGUCUCCAUCUGAUGACUUGUUCUUCAAAGGCAAGCUGGUGCCGAUUGAGCCUUCUUCCUUCGUGUUCAACUCGGCCGAGCCCAACUCCAAGGCUCAGUUCCCCGGGUCGCUGCUCAAGUCCGCCACCAAGCUCCGUGUCUUCAUGUCGGGUCUCAAGAAGUCCAAGUCCAACCUCAGCAACCCGGAAAGCAAAACGGAGCCGACAAACGGAUCUCAACAAGAACAGAAUGACAAAGUACUAGAGGACAAUAAGCAACAGAAGCAGGGGAAGCUUUUCACGGUGAAGUUGAAGGUGGAGGAAGUUCCCAUUGUGUCCUUGUUCACAAGAGACAACAGCUCCAGAAUCUCCACCAAGACCCAGAGCCAGAAAGCUCAGAUUUCCGAAGAAGCUGCUUCUGAGGAGAAGCGCUUUUCCAAGGAGGUAGUGCAGAAGUACUUGAAAAUGGUGAAGCCUCUCGUGGUCCGCGUUUCGAAACGCUACGGCGAGAAGACCAGGUUCUCCGGCCAGCUCACUAGCGCGACGCCGGAGGAGAAGAGUGGGGCGGAGGCGGAGGUUUCGGAAGCUGCGGCGGCGGCGAGCAAUGUGAGGAGUUUGAAGCAGGGGAAUAUUCCGGCGGGCCUUAGAGUGGUGUGCAAGCACUUGGGGAAAAGCCGCUCGGCUUCUUCGGCUGUAGCAGCGGCUCCUCCGGGAACUGUGCCGUCGCAAAGGAGAGAUGAUUCGCUGCUGCAGCAGCAGGAUGGGAUCCAGAGCGCCAUUCUGCAUUGCAAGCGCUCAUUCAAUGCUUCCAGAGAUUCCGAUUGCACUCCGCUGCCCCGGUCAGUAAGCGAUUCCUGCAAGGAGAAGGCCUCAGGACAACCGUCGGAUCAAAACCGAGAGGUUUGAUCGAGCGGCAGUCAUAGCUGGCAUAAAGGCGGGAAGAUUGGCUCAGAAAGAGGGAAAAAAGAAUCACCGGUCAACAGUCCAAGUCAACAUUGUUCUCGAUUGCAUUGUAAUCAUGCUGAAAUGAGAGGUAGCAAAAAGAGGGUCCGUUUUCUUGUGGGUUGUAAAUGUUUUAAGAAACCCCAGGAAAAAAAUUAGGAGUAGGAUGAAUCAGUCCUAGUUAGUAGUAGUAGCGGAACUUAGUGACUGCACUAGGGUUUAUAUUAUUUGUAAUGUCUUAUGUAGCCAGUGACUUGCUGUGGUUGUUAUAUAUGUAGCUUCUACUGGGUUUGCGCUACUCACAAGUCACAAAGCCCUAGUCAUUCUGUGAAAAUCUUGACCAAUUAUGAUUGGUUCUGGGUUUGUAUUUUAGAGAUGCUGGGAACGUUGGGAACUAAACAGUAGAAAAGUGAUUUUUAUUAA